AUGGCAGGUACUUGUGUGAACACUAUAAAGUUGUUAGGCUUGGGCUCACUUGGGUUAUUAACCUCGUCGCUUAUCCAGCAAUCCAUACAAAACAUCCCCAAUCUAAUCACUCAAAUAAAUUCAAUUUACCAAUUACAAAUCAGUGCUUUGAAUACAAAAGUUAAAGAGACCAAGCUGUAUCUUUGGGGUUCAAGGGUUGUUAAUGGACUUUUGGCUGGUUUUAGUACUGUAUUCUUCACUUUGGCUUUCCAGUAUAGUCCUGUUGAUGAAAAACAUCCGUAUUUGGUUUAUGCUGCCUUUGGUGCUCCCGUGACUCUUCUUGGUUUGUAUAUCAAAACCUGGGUUUACGAAGAGAAAAUUUUGAAGAAGCAGGAUGUAUCAGUUUGGAACAAGAAGGAAUCUUCAUCUGCCAAGACCUCGAACUCGAACUCGAACUCGAACUCGUCCCAUGUCCCAUCUUCGGUUGUUUCUGCUGACGAAGAUGACGACGCUGAAGCGGCUAUUUCCAAAGUCAAUAGUGUUGAUGAAUUGGGCAGGUCUUAUGUUCAUCUUUCCGAUGAAUCAGGUCUCUCCACUCCAACUUCUUCUCAACCUGCUUCGCCACAAAUCAGACAUCAAGAAGAAGCAGGAGAUGAACCACAAGAGGCAUCUUCAAAGGAAGAAGCGGACGUUGAUCUUGAAAUUGAAGCUACUUUGGCCAAGAAGGAAAUCGCCCAAGAUUUAGAACACAUCAAAACGGGCUAUACUAUCGGAUCUUAUAUUUCUGGUCUAAGUUUGACCAUUGCUAUUGUUGGGUUAUUUGGAGAUUUCUACUUUUUGUGA